GUGUGUCAAAAGAAAAAAACAAUAAAAAUGGAAAACACGUGAUGAAUGAAAUUUAACUUUGUAAAAAAAGAAAGACAUUUUAAGACAAUGAGUUAAUGCUUGAGCACUGACCUGUAAAUUAGUCAGAUUAUAUGGUCUCUGUUCAUUUAUUGAACUGUCUGUCACAAUGAUACUUUUCUCUUACCUUCCAUAGGAAAUUUUAUGCCAGAUUUACAUCUAAUACCAGCAUCAAUAAAGUCUUAUUUUCAAAGAAGAGUCAUAUAAUCCAGUCCCAUGUUUAAAUGUGGCGCUCAGUGCGUCACCGCGGCGCGCCUGGGCUCCAUCAGACGCGUUUAGUUGAGGUUGAGGAGAGCGGCGCGCGCCUGCACUGUCAAGUGGACGGAUGUCCAGCGAUGCCCUUGCAAAUGAAAGCUCCUGUGAAGGUUUCGGAAAAGCAAAGUCGGUGAUUUCUUCUCAGUGGAGGAAUAAUAGAGAGGACGCGUUCGCAGCGUUUGUGAGAAUAAGAUCUGAGGGUGGUAGCGCGCUUUAUGGCAGCGGCCUGCGGGUUGUCGGGAGAAGCCGGGGGCUGGAUUUGACAUGUCGCAGAAAUGUACUGGUGAGUCCGAUUGAACUGCAAAACAUGGAUGAAGCCUCUAAUGGUGCAACCAGUAAUUUAUAAGUGUUAUUUAUGGUCAGAAGUUGAUGCCAGAGCUGGCGGAGCUUCACCUUUACUUCUACCCAUUCCAUCUGAUCGAUGCCUGCUUCCUGUACGGAGGCACUGAAAUCUGAAAUCUGGAGUUCCAUCUUCCCUUGCUAUCUUUUCUCUCCUCGCUCAUCUCAUUCCAUCCCAUCCACCCUGUGUAUUCAGCUGCUUUUUAUUCCUUUUCCCUCAGUCUCUCCUCUCCCCUUUCCAUCUACCUCCUCAACCUGGAAUUAUUUUUGCAAAGUCUUCUCCAUCAUGGCUUGCUUUGGGCGGUCUCUGGAUUCCCCGUGCACAUUAGCCUUGCUGAUAGGCUUUCAGUUUGCCUUUGUGCUCUAUUUCUCCCUUGGGGGCUUCAGAGGUCUGGUUUCUGUCCUGGUGCACACCACAGAGCCAGAGUUUGAUUACUCUCGACCUCAUGACGUCUACACCAACCUCAGUCACCUCGGAGUACCGCCUCCCCCACCUCGGAACUCUGGCGCUGGGCCUCCAGCUUCAGGACAACCGUUGAGAGACUGCCCCAUUAUCUCCCCCCUGCUGGUUGGCCCAGUAUCUGUCCAUCUUUCCUCUCCCCUGUCUUUGGAGGAGAUCCGACAGAGGAACCCUUUAGUGUUACCUGGCGGACGUUAUCGGCCUCCAGACUGUGAACCGCGUCACCACACAGCAAUAGUGGUACCGUUUCGAAACCGACUAAGCCACCUCCGCUCCUUGCUGUACCACCUGCACCCUUUCCUGCAAAGACAGCAGAUACACUACAGCAUCUACAUUGUUCAACAGUGGGGGAACAGCACUUUUAACCGAGCAAAGCUGCUUAACGUCGGCGUGCGAGAAGCUCUUAAAGAUGAAGACUGGAGCUGCAUUUUCCUUCAUGAUGUCGACUUGUUGCCUGAGAACGACCACAACACCUACACCUGUCACAAACAAUUUCCCACACACCUGUCUGUGGCCAUGGACAAGUUCAGAUACAGGCUGCCAUACCCUCAGUAUUUCGGUGGCGUGUCUGCAGUAACACCAGAUCAGUAUAUGAAGAUAAAUGGUUUCCCCAACCAAUACUGGGGCUGGGGGGGAGAAGAUGAUGACAUCGCUGCCAGAGUGCGGUUGUCCGGUAUGAAGAUUGUGCGCCCUCCAGUGGCUAUCGGCCAUUAUAAGAUGAUCAAGCAUAAAGGAGACAAAGGCAAUGAGCAAAAUCCACGCAGAUUCGACCUCCUGAAAAAGGCAAGACUCAACUGGCACUCUGACGGCAUCAACUCGUUGACUUACGAGCUGCUUUCCAAAGAGCUGGAGCCGCUCUACACCAACCUAACCGUCAACAUAGGGGAGGACCCCCGACUGAUCCAGGGUAAAGUUCAUAGUGCUGUUAAAGCGACGCCUGUCCAACAACGUAGCUCCAGCAAGGACAGAGCCCCUGCUAAAGAAGAGAAAAGUCUAAAGGAAGCUGUGAUGCGAAAUAACAUUUUGGUCAAGCCGUCUGGUGAGAAGACUGGGCCUAUCCUGACAAAGACCGCAAAUGCAACCACACAGGAAAAGUCCGGAGUGAUGAAAUAAAAGAUGUUGAUUGAGAAAUAAUUUCACUCGUAGCAUAAAGUGGCUUCCUUCUUCAUUUUGAUCUGACAGACAAAAUGAUGGUAAGCAGCACUGAUCUAUUGUAUUAAGGGUAGUUAUGCUGUGGAUCACAAACACAAAGCCUGAUUUGUUUACUGAUGUGCAUUCAGGACUGUUAAACCCCUUUUUGUUGGGUUAUCGGCUGAAAGUGACGCUUAACACUGGCAAAGAAAACUAUAGGACAAGAAAUAGAUACAAAAAAAAACAACAAAAAACUGGUUGGACCAAAGGAAAGGCCUCAAAAGCUGACUUAAAAUGAGAUGGCAACAUUCACAGACUUUGUAGACUGGACCCGCAAGUUGCAAGCAACUCAUCUGCAGAGCUGCAGCUUCAUUCAUCCCCUCCUAUGAAAAAAGAAAAGCUGCUGCUCUCCAUCCACCUCUCUCUGCGGUGGGUUUGUGUUUCUGUGCCUUCUCUCUUUUAUGCGCAUUUUAUAUACUGAUAGAGAUGCUUUUAGGGACUAAGAUAGAGUAUGGUUGGCUUCUCCUGCCAUUUGGGAGGAUAAAGCUGAUUCUGGACAACAGCAAAGCCCUGCUGGUUUUAUAUAUUUGCUUGCAUCGAAUCAAUCACUGUCCAACUUGGUAGUUUCUGGAAUAUCCUAGAGUUUAUAUUUAUAUAACUAUAUAUAGAGAGACAUAUUUAUUUGUGUACUCCCGAAGUUUUAAUGUCCUUCAUUACAGUCUGGUACCUCUCUCUAUGACGUUUAGUUUAGAGACAAUCAAAUUAAUUGGGAGUGUAAACUGUAUCCAAACACAUAAAAACUAUGUGGCAUGGUAGUUGUUGUCUAGUUCGACUAUAUUGAUACACUAAUAGACUUGUGUUUUUGCUGUUACCAGUUUUUUAUUUUUUAUUUGAAUAAUUUCAUUUUAGAUAAGGCAGGAGUAAAAAUAACAGGGCUGCUUGCAGAAAGUAACAUUAUGUACACAACAAGAAUAAUGUCAAGCUAGUGUUCUAAAGUGAUUAUGGUGACAAAGCACUGUGCGGAGAAUUAGCUGAGAACAAAUGUUUGCCUCUCUCUGUCUGUUUAAUUUGCUAUUAUAAAGCUUUAGUGACUUAGGCAAGAAGGAUUAAUCUGUGUGAAUUUCUUUUUUUUUAUGUGAAAAUUCUGACAGCUGUCUGAUCAGGACAUGCAUGUAGGUUAUGUACUUGUAAAGGCUAUCAGCAGCUUCAUUUCUUUUUGUAUCAUAUCAGCCAUUCUGAAUGUACUUUUUAGUGUUUAUUCUAUUUUACGUUUUUCAAAAGGAGAGUCAAGUUACAGUGCCUUGCAGAAGUAUUCAUGCUCUUUAAACUUUUUUACAUUCUGACAUAUUACAACGAUAAACUUCAGAGUAUAUUGUUUGGACUUGAUGUUAUAGAGGAACAACAGCAGGGCAUAGUUUUGAGAAAGAGAAAUGAUACAGAUUUUGCUAUUGUUAUUUUACCAGAUUAAAAACAAUAGCAGAAGUGUUGUCUGCAUUUGUAUUGAGAGUAGGACUGAAACAAUCAGAUUAAUCAUGAAUAAUCCAUUGUUAAAAUAAUCGUAAACUAAUUUAGUAAUCGAAUAAUCGUUAACUGGAGUAUAGAGACUCUAAAACAUGGAUUACCUGACAGAUCGACUCACUUAGAGCAGUAAUGAUACAGAGAUUAUAAAAAAAUGUGUAAACAUUUUGCAUUUAAGAUAAAAAUGUGUUUAGACUGUCAGUCUGCUCUAUCCAGAACUCCUCAAGUAGAAAAAUUUGAGUUUCAACUGGUUAAAAAAUCUUCUUAUAGGAACUUUUUGUUAUUUAGUCUUUAAUCGAUUAAUUGAAAAAAUAAUCAACAGAUUAUUUGAUUUGCAAAAUAAUCAUUAGUUGCAGCCCUAAGUCGGAGCCCUGCUGACAAAACCUUGCUAAUUGAUCUUUUACUGCAAUUUCAGUUCAGGUUUUUAGAAAUAUUUCUUGAGCCUAUUUGCCUUUUAAAAAAACUUCACAUUUUCAAUCUCUUUUUAUUAAAUUUUUUUGCAGACCAGUUCAAGCUCUGUGAGCAUAAAUUUUCAAGUCUUGACUUUAUUUCCUACCAACCCCACAGCUGACUUGUUCCAGGCUCCCUAAGGUGCUUUAAUGCACACUACAUGUAUGAUUUUAGUGCAUGAGAGUCCACAUCUCACAGAUGAAAGUGGAAAAAAGAAAACUAAUUGCGGGUUUGUCAUAGACCCUCAUUACAAUUUUAAACAACUGUAUCAUUACUAUUAUGUUAAAAGUUUAAGCUGUAGGCUUCUCCACAAAUUUACCUUUAUUGUGUGCCUGAUGCUCUUUAUUCCCCAACAAACAGUCUAAGGUCUUUACAGAUCAGCUAUAUAAUGACUUUGAAUCAGACUUAUUCACUAUUUAGGUACUACCUGAAGGCAUUAGCCUGAACUGAAUCUUAUUUGCAGCUGUCAGAGUAAAGAUGGCACACUUUUUAGAUUCUUAUUUCUAUUAGAAAAGAGCUUAUAUUUCUCAACCAUGCACUUUUUCUAAGUCUAUCAACUAGAAUCUUAAGUAUAUUAAUGUUUGACGGAAAUGUGGCAAAAUGUAAAAUGGUUCAACUUGUAUGGGUGCUUUUACACGGCUCUCUACCUUAGUGAACUCAAUCACUAGUUAGCAAUAUGUUCUCUUGCUGCUUUGUAUCUAAAACUGUAAAACAGAAUCUAGCAUCAAAUAACGCACUGUAACUAAUGGUGUGAGAUUUUGUCAUCACAUUAGAAGAUGAAGUAUGAGUUAGUAUGAGCUGAAUGUACUUGAUUUCUUAAAUUAUUUAUUGUUACUGAUAGAGCUAAAUAUGCUGACGUCUGAGGUGAUAUUUAAGUUUUCUACAGUAGAUCAGAACAAAGCCCUAUUUUAGAUCUUUAAUGUCUCUCUAAAUUUUGUUUGUUUACUGUGUGCCUCAUGCAAUUAAAAGGCCCUAUAUUGACAAGACAGGAUGUGUGCUGCACAGUGAGAUGUGAGCUCCCUCGUGUGGCACAGCUAGUCAUGAUAAACUAAGGGCUGAAUGAAACUGCAUAGUUGUGACAGGAAUACUAAUCAUAAAUGUCUGCCAUUCACAGGCUUUAAGCCAAUCAAAUACGCUCAUCACCAUGUAAAGAGGAAUUUUUAUUUAUUUAUGCAGCAUCACAUGACAAUAUCCCGUCAUCUUAAAGGAGAAGAGCAGCUCAGAAUCACCAGUACAAUAAAAAACUACAUUGUGCUGAAGACUUUUAUGAAUGGAUACUGCUCUAAAGAAGCAAUCUGUGUUUAGUAGAAGUAUUCUCAUAAAGCGUGGCUUUAAAAGUACAUACCAAAAGACAAAUCAAAAAUAAAAUAAAAAAAUCAUUCAGAAUGUUUUAUUGCUUACAGAUUAUCCUUCAUUAUACAUCGCUUAAAUAAAUAUGAUCUCAGCAGAUAAAUCAGCUAGCUGCUAAAUGUGAGUGUUCUAUAUUUAAUAGAUAGUUUUUAUAAGAAUUUUUUUUUUUGCUGAAGUAUUAAACUCAUGGAAAUCAAACGUGAAUACAUAAUCUUUAAGAUGAAAUGGAGCAUUGUUUUGUUUAAAUAAACAUAAAUAGUCAAAGUCUGGGUUUCUAUGAAAUACAGCUGCCUAAAAACCUGGGAUCUUCAUUUAUUUAUUGAGGAAGAAUGUCCCAAAUUACAUACCGGUACAAUUCUAGAGAUGCUACUUCAUAUAUAUUUUUUUUCUUUUUUUUUUUACCCUUUCUUAAAGGAUAUAGAUUUUUUUGUGUUUUGUUUGAAAUUACAGCAAAUAGGGCACCUGAAUCAAAGAUGGUAUGUAUGGGCUUCAUUGUGACAGAAAGCAAAUAUAUAAGCCAAUAAAAAACAUGA